AUGGCAACUGCCACUACAAAUUCUGGACCAUCAAUGGAAGUUUCGCGAGUAGCUGUGAAAGCUCCUGCAUUUUGGCGUUCAGACCCGCUGAUGUGGUUCAAACAAAUGGAAUCGCAAUUCAUUAUGGCUGGUAUUACGCAAGAUUCCACCAAAUUCCAUACCAUUGUCGCAUCGAUUGAAAGCAGUAUUUUGGAGAAUGCAUCAAAAAUCAUCGUCGACCCUCCUGCAGAGAACAUGUACGACACGCUUAAGGGAAAACUUAUUAGCAGUUUCUCCGACUCAGAGGAGAAGCGUCUCAAGAAGCUUUUGACGAACAUCGAACUUGGAGACAAGAAGCCUUCAGAGUUAUUAUCGAAAAUGUGGUCUUGGAUACAUCGACUUCCUUCACAAAUGAAACCGAUAUUUUCCGUUAGUGAAGAUAGUCUAGACAAAUUAUCAACGAUGACCGACAAGAUUGCGGAUAGCAGUGAAUCAGAUGUGUGCAGCUUUUCUCCAUCGAGCACUCGUUUAGAGGAAAUUGAGAAAAAAGUCAAGAAGCCGUAG